UGACGGCCGCUGCCGCUGCUUCCUUGAAGCGCUCUUCAUUGUUUCUCUCGUGGCGUCGCUGGCCCCGAGUGGCCAGCAGACGAAGACUCCCUGAAGUGGCCUUGGGAAACACGGCUCGGGCGGGGCUGGAAUGCGCUGGCGGCCCCUGUCGCCUACCCACUCACGCACCCUCCCUGCCUGGCCGCGCCUCUGCGACCAGGUUAGCAUUUCAUGCUGUGGUUCCUUGUUAAUUGUGAGGUCAAGCUUAUCUGCAAGCAUUAUGAUUCUAUGGCAACAUAUGAUUCCCUGAUUCUAUGGAGAGAAGAUGCCACAGUUCCCUAAUGGCUAAGGUAACCCAAUGAAAGAAGAAAAUGAAAGGCAUUAAGAAAAGCCUUACAGAAGAAUAUCUGUACUUGGACUUUUCUCACCAAAAAGAAGGGUGCAUCUUUCCUCUUCAUACGUCUGUAACUUUAUUUUUGUUAUCAUACUGUGACUGCACAGUCUUUAAAGUUUACUUAGUCCUCCCUGGAGAAAGCACAAGUAUUUCACUACCUAAAGAUGUACCAUCUGAAGGUGUUGAAAUACAGAUUAUUUCAAGGCAAGAGCUUCCACCAAUAGUCCAGAGUUGCUGUUUACCUGCAGUAGUAGAAAGACCAGACAAUUUCUGUAGAGCAGGACUUGCUGUCGUUCUGAGACACAUAAUCCAGAAGUCAUAUGAAGCAGACCCCUCAAAGAAGGAAAUUUUGGAACUUCUGGGUUUUAAGAAGACUUGCUUGAAAGCUUGUGCUGAAGUUAGUCAAUGGACCAGGCUAUGUGAACUUACCAUCCCUUUAGCUGUUGAGAAUUUUCUCAAAGAAGCUUUUGAUCAACUCCCGACUAUUCCUGCUGCAAUACUAGAGCUUGAGAAAAAGCUUAGUGAACCCGUUAGAGUGCAUAAUGAUGACAAACUCCGGCGUCAGAAGCUAAAGCAACAGAAGGCUGCCGGGGUUGGACCUUCCCUUGCCAAGGAAAGAAUGCAGAACAAGGGUCAUGGGCAGGAAACAUCUGAAGAGCGGCACUCCUCAUCUGCAAGCCUGGAACUGAAAGUGGCCUUCUCAAAGCUCACAGUACACAAGGAGCCCACUUCUGCCAGCAGAGAGCCUUCUCACGUCAGAAAAGCAAAAGCCUCUGACCUGCCUCCUCUGGACCACGUGUUCGCAGAAGGCCUGUACUUCACGUUGGCAGAUAUUGUGCUCUUGCCCUGUAUCCAUCAUUUUUUGGUAAUCAUCUGCAGGAAACUUUCUGGAAAGCUGGCAGAAUUCCCGCUACUGGCUGCCUGGUACCAGCGGGUUCAGGAAGUGCCAAGAGUGCAAACGGCAGCUUCUCAGUGUGGGAUCCAGUUUCUCAGUUUACCAGAAUUACAGACCGCCUCAAGUCAACAGCCCCCAAACUUAGAUGAGACCCCAUGUGCAGAGGAGCAAAAUGAUCCUUCGUUCAUUGGAGGACCAAGACCCACUAUGACUAAAUUAAUGGAAAAAGGCAUUGAAGUGAUGUUUUCUCCCCACCCCUGCCCUACUUGGACCCUUGAUUGGGAUAUACUUCCUGCAGCAGUGAGCCCAAAAGAAGGUAAAAUGUCCAGUGAUCGAGCUUUGAGGAAGCAGCAACAGUUGAACAACCUUGUUUAUAUGGUGACAAAUCAGGCCAAACCUGGUGACAGAAUUGUGGAUUUCUGUAGUGGUGGGGGCCAUGUUGGGAUUGUCCUAGCUCACAUGAUGCCAUCAUGCCAGGUUAUACUAAUAGAAAACAAGGAAUUAUCAUUAAUUCGUGCUAAGAAGAGAAGUGAUGAACUAGGUUUAAGCAACAUUUGGUUCAUUCAAGCAAAUAUGGAGUAUUUUACAGGGAUGUUUAAUAUUGGGGUGGCGUUGCAUGCGUGUGGAGUGGCAACAGACAUGGUGAUCGAACACUGCCUCAAAACACGGGCUUCCUUUGUCACAUGCCCUUGCUGUUACGGUUUCAUUCAGAACACCUCCAAGUUUAAUUUUCCAAAAAGUGAACAAUUCAAGAAAACAUUAUCAUACAAGGAACACAUGAUUCUGUGCAGAUUUGCAGACCAGACAGCUGUCCAGCUUCCACCCCAACGAAGGCUCACAGGAAAACAGUGCAUGUGCCUGGUGGAUCUGGAUCGAGCAAGAGCUGCAGAAGAACGUGGCUACUCCGUUCAAGUGAUAUCCAUGGAGCCAGAGAGCUGCUCUCCCAAAAAUAACAUGAUCGUGGGAGUCCCCAUUUAGAACAAGAUAUUCACAUUUGAUGUUUUGCCAUCCCUCUCCAUGAUAAAAGCCCGGUGGCAUUCGGGAGAGCCUUGGCAUAACUAGGAAACAGCAGUAGCCAUCUUGAACCUAUUGUGCUCAGGAAAGAACGCAGCGGGAAAGUCUUAGAGGAGGGCUGCCUGCAAAGCAUCACAAAUGCUCCUGUAAUGUGUGAUUAAAGGACCGCUGGUGUUCAUAGUGAGAAUCCUCUGAAGUCUCAGCUGCGGGCAGAAUGAUACUCAGGAGAGGAGGUUCCAUCACUGGAAUAACAAUUUCCUUCUUGUCUCACAGCCUUUCUGAUCUUGCCAGUGUGGUGUUCAGUGCAAAAUAGUUAACUCACACUCUUAUAACCAUUUAGAGAUUCAAAUGGAGACCAAAACUUGACUCAGUGGGGUUUUUUUGUUCUUUAUAUUUUUAGCAAUUGUACUUUUUAAAUAAUUUUUUUUUUCAAAAACCCAGUCAGAUAGUUACAGUAUGCUUGUAUUUUUAAGCUGGGGUGAGUUGGACUUCUAUAUCAUUUCAGGUACUCCUUUUAAAUAUACUUCUCAUAAAUUACCAAAUGAGAUCAUUGCUGGUUUAACCAAAACAUUUUAUAUGAAGAUAUUAUAAAAUAAUUUUGGUAAAUUUCCCAUUACAAGAACAUGUAAUUGGGACAUAAAUUCUAACUAAUUAGUCAGUACAUUGAUUUAUUAAUUCAAGUCAAUAAAUAUUGCAGAUCCAUUAAUUUCAAGAUCCUGGCCUAGAUUCUUCUAAGGAUGUAAAGACGAGUUGCAAGAGACACAGUGCCUUGCCUGUGGAAGUAAAUCAUGGUACAGAAGAAAGGUUCAUGAAUUAAUUAAGUUCUUUAUAUCGUAAAAUAAUAUGUGGUCCCAGGGUUUGUUUUUCAGAUACCAAUCAUUUUUUAUUAAUUUUUGGGGGGGCAAAACUUGCUGAAUGUAACUUGGAGGUAGAAGGAAUAGAGUACAGAGGCUUAUUUGAGUAAUUCUCCCCACUCACAUUGUUCUUAUUCCACCAGCCAAAGUUUUUAAAACCAGCUGCCAAGUCCUUUCUCACAUGCUGCUGAUUAUUUUUUUACAUGUUCCGAGUUAUUCCACUUGAGAUAAAAUUUAUUUCAUCGAUUUUGAUAUUUUCAACCCCUGUAUGACACAUAUCAUGAUGAGAAAGGGCUUUCAUAAAUAACUCUUUCAUUACUGUGAACUAAAGCACAGGAAUCAUUUAUUACAGGGACAGGGGUUUGAACUCUUGCUUUCUAGGCUAAAAUUAAAUAAAAGAAGCAAACAUCA